AUGAUAAAAAAAAUGAAAUCAUAUAUAAAUAUGAACUCUACCGUUACUACCUUAGGUGCGAACUAUUUAGUUCAUACAGGUUAUUUUAAUACUAUAUCUAGAUUAAAAGUUUGUACAAUAGCUAGUUAUAGAUAUUAUUCUACUUCAAAAUCAGAUUCACAAUCAUCUGAUUUACCUCCUGUUCCUAUUUUUACUAUUAAUAAUCUAAAUAAUAAAGACUCUAUUAAAUCUUCUAGAAUAUUAUUAAAAGACAAAGGAGGUAUUUAUUCUUUUAUUAAUACAGUCAAUAAUAAUCAAUAUAUCGGAAGUGCCAAGGAUUUUUAUUUAAGACUUAAUGAACAUUUGGAAAAUAAGAAGUCUAAUAUUGCUUUACAAAAAGCAUUUACUAAGUAUGGCUUAGAUAAAUUUAUAUUUUGUAUAUAUGAAUAUUUCACAUACGAAAGCAAAAUUAUAAGUCAUAAAGCUUUAACUGAUCUAGAGACUAGUUAUAUUAACAGAUUUAAUUUUGAUAAUCUUUACAAUUUUAAAGCUAUAGCUACAAGCUCUUUAGGUUAUAAACAUACAGAAGAAGCAAGAUUAAAGAUGGUUGAUUAUUAUAAGGAUAAAAAUAAUCAUCCUAUGUUUGGUAAAACUCAUACUGAAGAAGCACUAGGUUUAAUUAGUAAACCAGGUGAAUUAAAUCCUAUGUUUGGUAAAAAACAUAGUGAAGCUACUAAGGCGUCUAUGAGUGAAAAAAAGAAUAAAUAUCCUUUAGGUGUAGGUAUUUAUGAUUUAGAGGACAAUUUAAUUUUAAAGUUUAGUAAUAAUGUAGAGCUAGCUAAAUAUUUAGGUAUUUCUAAGGUUACAGUAGGUAAGUAUUUAAAUUCGGGUCUUGUAUAUAAUAAAACUUAUCGGUUUAAACCUAUACAAGAUUAG